CCCGUCAGUGCUGCCUAUCAGUGCCGCCUAUCAAUGCCAUCAGUGAUGCCUGUCAAUGCCCAUCAGUGCCACCUACCAGUGCCCAUCACUGCAGCCUCAUUAGCGCACAUCAGUGAAGGAGAAAAAUUACUCAUUUACAAAACUAUAACAAAAAAUUUAUUUAUUUAUUUAUUUUAAGUUUUUGGUUUAUCAAUAAAUUAAAAACCCAGUGGUUAUUAA